AUGUUGAGCGUCGGAAUAGGACAUCAUAUCCGGUGCUCAGCAGAGCGUGCCGUGGCAGAGCAGGAAGACGGAAACCUCGUUCUCCGGUCACAGGACUUAAAGAUUGUAGAAAAAAAUGCAGAUCCUGAAGUUAUGCUCCUCACGUACCUCAGGAAGAAGUUACAUCUUACUGGCACCAAAUAUAGCUGUGGAGGAGGAGGCUGUGGUGCCUGCACUGUAAUGGUGUCAAUCAUCCAUCCAAUCACUAAGAAGAUAAUACAUUAUCCAGCCACGGCUUGUUUGCUUCCCAUUUGUUCACUACAUGAAGCUGCUGUGACUACAACAGAGGGAAUUGGCAACUCAUCCACCAGGCUGCAUCCAGUACAGGAGAGGAUAGCAAAAGCUCAUGGUUCUCAGUGUGGGUUCUGUACUCCUGGAAUGGUUAUGUCCAUGUAUACCCUACUGAGGAAUCACCCAGAACCUAGCAUGGGACAAAUUAUGGAUUCCUUGUCUGGAAACCUCUGUCGGUGUACAGGAUACAGGCCAAUUUUGGAUGGAUAUGAAACAUUUUCAAAGGACUGCUGUCGAAACAAGAGAACUGAAGUAAACAUGCUUCCAGAUGUUAAGAUGUCACCAAAGCUAUUCAACAAAGAAGACUUCAUACCAUUGGAUAUAACACAAGAGCUCAUAUUUCCUCCAGAUCUCAUGCUGAGUCUUGCCAAUCCAAGAAAGAUGAAAGUUUUUCAUGGAGAGCAAGUAACUUGGUUUUCACCUUCAACACUCAAAGAACUUCUGGAGUUGAAAGCGAAGUAUCCUAAAGCUCCUCUUGUGGCUGGAAACACUUAUGUUGGUCCAAAGAUGAAGUUGAAUGGCAUCUUUCAUCCAGUACUUAUUUCACCAGUCAGAAUCCAAGAACUCCACACCAUCACUUCCAGCGAUCUUGGAAUAUCUGUAGGUGCUGCAGUAAACUUGGCUCAAUUUAAAGAUUUCCUUUUUAAGAGUGCCAAUAAAUUGCCAGAUUAUCAAACCAAGACCUUCCAUGCUAUUCUUCACCAGCUGAGCUCUUUGGCAGGAGAACAAAUACGCAACAUGGCUUCAUUAGGUGGGCAUAUCAUAAGCAAGCUAUCAAUAAGUGACCUGAACCCAGUACUUGCUGUGGCUGGUGCAAAACUGAACUUGGCAUCCAAAGGAGGAACGCGGCAUAUCCUAUUAAACGAUUCAUUUUUCACUGACCAGAGUGCCUCUGCUAUAAAGGAGAAUGAAGUAUUGCUGUCUGUUUUCCUCCCUUAUUCUCUGAAGGAUGAGUGUGUAGCAGCCUUUAAGCAAGCUUUGAGAGAGAAAAAUGCUUACGCUAUAGUAAAUGCUGGAAUGAAAGUACGAUUUACAGAAAGCACAGACAUCAUUCAGAAAAUUGACAUAUUCUAUGGAGGCAUUGGGUCUACCACCAUUUAUGCGAAGAGCACAAGCAAGGCACUUAUUGGACGGCAUUGGGAUGAAGAUAUGUUAAAUGAUGCCUUCCAACAGAUCCUCGGUGAUGUUUCUCUCCCACCCUCUGCUCCAGGUGGAAUGGUGAAAUAUAGGAAGACUCUGACCAUCAGCUUUUUCUUCAAAUUUUACUUACAAGUCCUUCAAAGCCUUAGGAAACCUUGUCAUUUCUUCACAGGUGCCUCAGAGUAUCUUAGUGCUAUCAGAAAUUUUGAGACGGAAAUACCAAAGACUUUACAAAUGUUUCAAGAAGUUGACCCUGAGCAACCUGCCCAGGAUCCUAUUGGACGUCCUAUAGUGCACCAGUCUGGAAUUAAGCAGGCCACUGGGGAAGCAGUGUAUGUGGAUGAUAUGCCACCGAUGGACCAAGAACUAUUUAUUGCUUUUGUCACCAGCUCAAGGGCUCAUGCGAAAAUUGUGUCAAUAGAUGCUGAAGAAGCUUUGGAAAUUCCAGGUGUUGUUGACGUGAUAACAGCAGGGGAUGUUCCUGGGACAAAUGAAAUUCAAGGACAAAAUCAUCUAUUUGCAGAGGAGACGGUUGAAUGUGUUGGACAAAUUAUCUGUGGAAUAGUGGCGGAUACCCCUGAUCAUGCAAGACGUGCAGUAGCCAAAGUGAAGAUAAAUUAUGAAGACUUAGAACCAGUCAUUCUUACUAUAGAGGAUGCCAUUAAAUAUAACUCGUACUUUCUACCAGACAGAAAAAUCCAGCAUGGAAAUGCAGAGGAAGGCUUUAAACGUGCUGACCAAAUACUUCAAGGUGAAAUCCACGUUGGUGGACAGGAGCACUUCUACCUGGAAACAAACACUGUUCUUGCAGUGCCAAAGGGUGAAGAGAAUGAAUUUGAUAUCUACCUUUCCACACAGGACAUCACCUCAGCUCAGUUUGCAGUGGCUUCUGUUCUUGGUGUCCCAUCUAACAGAAUCAUGACUCAUGUGAAGAGAGUAGGAGGAGCCUUUGGGGGCAAGAUUACUAAACCAGUAAUAUUUGCUUGUGCUUCAGCAGUUGCAGCUCAAAAGACAAAGCUCCCUGUUCGCUGUGUUUUGGAGAGAGGAGAAGAUAUGUUAAUUACUGCAGGCCGCCAUCCAUUCUUUGGAAAAUAUAAAGUUGGAUUUAUGAAUGAUGGAAGAAUUGUGGCCGCUGACAUUACCUUCUAUUCUAAUGCAGGAUGUACCCCUGAUGAAUCCAUUCUGGUACUAGUGGUAGCUCUUGUUAAGACAGACAAUGCAUACAGUUUCCCCAACCUUAUAUGUCGUGCUGUGGCCUGCAAGACCAAUCUGCCAUCGAAUACUGCUUUUCGAGGAUUUGGCUUUCCUCAGACUGGCCUGGUGACAGAGACCAUCAUGGAUGCUGUAGCUGCAAAGUGUGGACUACCUCCUUAUAAAGUACGAGAGCAGAACAUGUACAAAGGUAUUGCCAAAACUCAUUACAACCAAGAAUUUGAUGCAACUAAUCUGAUGCGAUGCUGGGUAGAGUGCAUGCAGAAAUCAUCCUACUGCGACAGAAGAGCUGCAAUUCAAGAUUUUAACAAACAAAAUUAUUGGAAGAAGAAGGGCAUAUCAAUUAUACCUCUCAAAUUUACAGUUGGUUUCGUCGAAAAGUCUUAUCAUCAAGCUGCUGCUCUUGUUCACAUCUACAGAGAUGGGCAUGUUCUAAUCAGCCAUGGUGGAGUAGAAAUGGGACAAGGUCUACACACGAAGAUGAUGCAGGUGGCAAGCAGGGAGCUAAAGAUACCAAUGUCCUACAUCUAUAUCUGUGAGACCACCACCUCAUCUGUCCCAAAUUCCAUUGCCUCGGCAGGUAGCAUUGGAACGGAUGUAUAUGGCAUCGCUGUCAAGAAUGCCUGUGAAACACUUUGCAAGAGAUUGGAACCCAUCAUUCUCCAGAAUCCUUGUGGCACAUGGGAAGAAUGGGUUCUAAGAGCUUUUAUGGACAGAAUUAGCCUUUCAGCUACUGGAUUUUACAGAGGAUAUGACACUUACAUGGAUUGGGAGACUGGAGAAGGUCAUGCUGGGCCAUACUACAUAUUUGGGACAGCAUGUUCAGAGAUUGAGCUAGAUUGCCUGACUGGUGGACACAAGAACCUCCGAACUGAUAUUGUUCUGGAUGCUGGAGAAAGCAUUAACCCAGGAAUUGAUAUUGGACAGGUUGAAGGUGCUUUCACUCAGGGACUUGGUCUGUUCACUUUGGAAGAGCUUCAUUAUUCCCCAGAGGGUGUACUGUACACGCGUGGACCUGACAAGUAUAUGAUACCAGCAGUGACUGAUGUACCUAUUAAAUUUAACAUAUCAUUCCUUGCAGCUUCCAAAAAUCCAUAUGCAAUCUACUCAUCAAAGGGCCUUGGAGAGACUGCACUGUUCCUUGGGUGUUCUGUGUAUUUUGCAAUAAAGGAGGCAAUAGAUUCAGCCCGUGAGGAACGUGGGUUAUCGAAAGAUUUCACUUUAAACAGCCCAGCAGUUCCAGAGAAAGUUCGUAUGGCAUGUGUUGACCACUUAACAAAUAUGAUUCCAAAAGAUAACCCUGGAACCUAUACACCAUGGUCUGUGGAUGUCUCAAAAUGAAGUAGCAAGAAAAAAGUCAUAAAAUGCUCAAUGUUGUAUCCAGUCCGUUCUCAGCAGACAAAUAUCAAGUUAUAUCCUAAAAAUAACAAGCUGGUUGAGAAUUGUGUAUGGGAUAAUUCUUUUACAGCACAGGAGUUACCUAUUGGCAAGCGUUUAUAUUAUGUAUUCAUACUUUUCUAUAUUAAGCCUUAACAGGGAGGUAAUGUUUGGUAGGGUUCUUUUGUAGGUUGGUGAGAAUAAAGAAAGUAUAUCUUACAGUAUAUUAUUGGAUUAAUGUGACAUUUUAUAUUCAAUAAAAAUGCUUUGCUUA